AUGGGCAGCCUUGGUGACGGAGUGGACCCGGGGGUGGUGACGGAGGCCUUGUUAGAGGCUCUGUGUCCAGAGUGCGGGCAGAUCCACCGGGCCUGGGAGAACCACCUGUACAACUACCGCCUGGAGGUGGAUGACGACCUGGUCUGUCACAUCUGCCUCCAGCCGCUGGUCCAGCCCCUGGACACGCCCUGUGGACACACCUUCUGCGCCCGAUGCCUGCGCAGCUUCCUGCAGGAGCGGGAUUUCUGUCCGCUGGACCGCGCCCGGCUGCAGCUGCAGGGCUGCCGGCGUUCCAGCAUCCUCGUCCACAAACUCCUCGACAAGCUGUCCGUCACGUGCCCGCUCACGCCCGUCUGCUCUCUCAGCAUGCCACGCUGUGACCUGGAGGCACACCUCAAACACAGGUGUCCGGGCACACAGACUCAGAGGGCAGUAGUAGAGAAUACUCGUGUAGAGUGUGUUGAUGACAGGGCCAUGGCGACGGAUCCUCCCCGAUCCCCUCACACUGAGAUGAGGGACAGUUCACCGCUCCCCCCUGCUGGAACUCACGCCUGUGGCAGUGCCCCCAUGUGGACAGAUGAUCCCGGCGUAGACAAUCCUGCCUUUGAGGAGAGCACUGAGGAGGACAGUGUCGUGGGUUUAGAGUCUGUGCCUCCGCGGGUUAAACGACCUCUCAGUAACCCUUGCAUCCAUCUCCUCCGCACGGGCAGCUCCACCUCCACCGGCUGGGACUUUGUCGAGUCUCCGCCGCUUUCGGCCGAGGAGGGCUGUGUGAAACUGCCGUCUCUCCCAGAGGGAGAGAUCACCACCAUCGAGGUCCAUCGCUCCAAUCCUUACGUGGAGCUGGGCAUCAGCAUCGUCGGGGGCAACGAGACGCCCCUCAUCAACAUUGUCAUCCAAGAAGUGUACCGGGAUGGUGUCAUCGCCAGAGACGGAAGGCUAUUGGCCGGUGACCAGAUACUACAGGUGAACAAUGUGGACAUCAGUAACGUGCCCCAUAACUUUGCCCGCUCCACGCUGGCACGCCCGUGUGCCACGCUGCAGCUGACGGUGCUGAGGGAGCGUCGCUGCGCCGCCCGUCCCGCCGUGGCCCCGCCCCCGGUGCCCGCCUCCCCCGACGGCAGCCCCGCCAGCCUGCGCAUCACCCUGCACAAGCGGGACUCGUCGGAACAGCUGGGCAUCAAGCUGGUGCGGAGGACGGACGAGGCGGGCGUGUUCGUCUUGGACCUGCUGGAGGGCGGACUGGCCGCCAAGGACGGGCGUCUGUGCAGUAACGACAGGGUGCUGGCCGUCAACGAACACGACCUCCGACACGGCACGCCGGAGCAGGCCGCGCAGAUCAUACAGGCCAGCGGAGAGAGAGUCAGUCUGCUGAUUGGCCGGCCCGGCAAGCAAACCGCCACGCCCGUGCCGCCCACUUCGAACUCAAUCAGAGACAGCUGGUGCCAUGACCACACCCACAUCCCGCCCACUUCCCAUACGGCAGCCCCCAGUCCGGUUCCCAGUCUCCUACUGGCCCGGUCCACCACCCACAGAGAUCUCUCUCAGUGUGUGACCUGUAAGGAGAAACACAUCACUGUUAAAAAGGAGCCCCAUGAAUCUUUGGGCAUGACGGUGGCAGGGGGGCGGGGCAGUAAGAGCGGAGAACUGCCAAUCUUUGUGACGAGCGUCCAACCCCACGGCUGUCUGUCACGGGACGGCCGCAUCAAACGAGGUGAUGUAUUGUUGAGUAUUAACGGUCAGGACCUGACCUACCUGAGCCACAGUGAGGCAGUGGGCACACUGAAGUCCAGCGCCACGUGCUGCUCCGUCCAGCUGAGGGUUUUGGAGGUGACCAUGGAGGACGAGUCACCCCAGGGAGAGGAGCUCCUGCCCCCCCACGACAAUGACUACGAUUCCAGCUGGUCCCCGUCUUGGGUCAUGUGGCUUGGCCUUCCGAGCUAUCUCCACAGCAGUCACGAGAUUGUUCUGCGUAGAAGUCACCCUGGCAGCUGGGGCUUCAGUAUCGUCGGGGGUUACGAGGAAAACCAUAGCAACCAAGCAUUCUUCAUCAAAACCAUCGUCCUCGGAACACCUGCUUACUACGACGGCAGACUGAAGUGUGGGGACAUGAUCGUGGCCGUGAACGGCUUGCCCACAGCCGGCAUGACCCAUUCUGCCCUGGUGCCCAUGCUGAAGGAACAGCGGAGCAGGGUGGCACUCACUGUGGUGUCCUGGCCUGGCAGCCUGGCAUAG